AUGGCUGAAGCGGCCGCCGAAGGUAUACUGACAAAGGUUGUGUUAGUAGCUGCCAACGAGAUCGCCCUUGCUUUCGGUUGCAAACAGAAGCUGGACAUCCUUCACCAAACCGUAGACCUAAUUUGUGCCAAGUUGCGCGAUGCUGAGAGACAAAAAGGAACAGAGGCUGUGAUUGUAUGGCUGAAACACCUAAAACAAGUAGUUGGUGAAGCUGAUGAUGUGUUGGAUAAGGUUCAUUACGAAAUGUUGAGAAGUGAGGUAAAGAAACCAGAUCGGAUCGCAAGAAAGGUACCUUCUCUUCCAAGCUUGAAAAAGCUUUCAUUUCAUAGAGAAAUUGGGCAUAAAAUCGAAAACAUCAGCAAGAAGUUGUUACAGUUCAACAAGCAAGCAAACCUUCUAGGGCUACAAAACGAACAGUUUGCUCGUGUUCCAGAUUGUCUCUAUCGGGAAACUAAUCCAUAUUUAGAUGAAUUCGAAGUUGUUAGGAGGGAGGAUGAUGAAAAACUCAAGAUUGUUCCUAUUGUUGGCAUGGGUGGAAUUGGAAAAAUAAGUUUGGCUAAGUCAAUCUACAAUAAUUCAAAAAUCGAGCAACAUUUUGAUGUUAGAGCUUGGUUGUGUGUGUCAGUUAAGCAAAGUUUGGGAUCUAGAAGAAGCAGGUUGGUUCAAGCGGAUGAAGCAACAAACAAAGAGAUGGAGGAUGUGGGAAAUGAUAUUUUUCAGAUUUUGGUAAGCAGUUUGUUGUUCCAAGAUGUUAAAAGGGAUGAGUAUAUUUACAUUACUAGUUGUAGUAUGCAUGAUAUGGUGCAUGAUCUUGCUUUAUCACUUUCCAAACAUGAAAACUUAUGUCGGGUGACUCCGAAAAACGAUGAUAUUAUACAUAUUCCUAAGACACUGCCUUCCUUUGGUGCGCAUAAAGAGAACCGACAUGAAAUUGAAGAGCUCGGACUUUUGAAACACCUUAGUAGAAGGCUUUGUAUUUUCAAUUUAGAAGAAAUUAGCAACAAAGAAGAUGCUCUCAAGAAGUUAUACAGUUCUGAAUGCCCAAAGAUAGUUCUCUUAGAUGAAUAUCAUCCUACCCUCUCAUUUCCUUAG